ACCUGAGACGGUAGGAACUGCGGGUGAAAUUUUACUGGACGGCUUUGGCAUCAGAUGUGCGGGGCUGGGAAAGUCGCCCGGUGGGGCCGGGGCGGGGGCGAGUGGCCUUUUAAGAGGAAGGGCCCUAAGGCCGAGGUGAGGCUUUUCCCGACAGAGAGUGAAGGAGGCGAAGCUCGGGGGGGGCCCCCCAGCCUCUGACCCCGGGGUUCCCGACCCCGCCCCUGCUAGUGCCUGGCGCCAAGCGCAUCCACCGGGAGCCCCGGGCCUGGGGGAGGGGCCCCAGUGGUCGAUUGCUUUACAAAAUCAAACUCCCAGCCGAGAACCUCGGGCCAUUGCCCGGUGAGAAGGAGUUCCCCGAAACCCAGCCGCUGAGCGAGGCCUCCUCCUCCAGCAGAUCGGAACAGCCUGGGCGGGGUCACCCGGGCUGGGACGAGAAGCCGCCGCCUGCUUGACUGCCGCGGGUCCCGGGGGCGGGGGGGCUGGGGCCGGAGGCGGAGUGUGAGUGGGUGUGUGCGGGGGGUGGAGGCGUGAUGCAAUCCCGAUAAGAAAUGCUGGGGUGUCUUGGGCACCUACGCGGGCCCCGUAAGUCGCUAUAUAAGGCUGCCGGCCCGGGGCUGCCGCGCCGUCGGAGCAGGAGUGCUGCGUCCAGGAUCGCGGGCCACGGCCAUCCCAGCCCGGCACUCGCAGCCCCGCAGCGCAUCCCGGCCGCCUCCCUGCCUCCCGCAUCCCAGUCGCCGGAGCUGCGCCGAGUGCUCCAGGGAGGUGCCAUGCGGAGCGGGUGUGUGGUGGUCCACGGCUGGAUCCUGGCUGGCCUCUGGCUGGCUGUGUUCGGGCGCCCCCUCGCCUUCUCGGACGCGGGGCCACAUGUGCACUACGGCUGGGGCGACCCCAUCCGCCUGCGGCACCUGUACACCUCUGGCCCCCACGGCCUCUCCAGCUGCUUCCUGCGCAUCCGCACCGACGGCGUCGUGGACUGCGCGCGGGGCCAGAGCGCGCACAGUUUGCUGGAGAUCAAGGCAGUCGCUCUGCGGACCGUGGCCAUCAAGGGCGUGCACAGCGUGCGGUAUCUCUGCAUGGGCGCCGACGGCAGGCUGCAGGGGCUGUUCCAGUACUCGGAGGAAGACUGUGCUUUCGAGGAGGAGAUCCGCCCUGAUGGCUACAAUGUGUACCUAUCCGAGAAGUACCGCCUCCCCGUCUCCCUGAGCAGCGCCAAACAGCGGCAGCUGUACAAGAAACGAGGCUUUCUUCCGUUGUCCCAUUUCCUGCCCAUGCUGCCCAUAGCCCCAGAGGAAACUGAGGACCUCAGGGGCCACUUGGAAUCUGACGUGUUCUCUUCACCCCUGGAGACUGACAGCAUGGACCCAUUUGGGCUUGUCACGGGACUGGAGGCGGUGAACAGUCCCAGCUUUGAGAAGUAACUCAGGCCAGGCCCGGGCCCCCUCACUGGUGCCAGGGGCUGUGGAACCGGCAGAGUGGGGGCCAUGCAUCUACAAGAACCGUCCUGAGUCCACGCUCUGUUUAGCUUUAGGAAGAAACAUCUAGAAGGUGUACAUAUGCAGAGUUAUCCAUUGGCCGUGCCAGUUUCUAGCCGAUAGCCUUGUCUGAGCAUCACAUUGGAAGCCUGACGCCUGCCCGGCUGCUGCCCGGGCCCCCAUCCCACUCCCCCGAGGUUGCCGGACAAGCUGCUGUGCUUGAACACCCGCACUGAUGGGGAACUUAUUUUUUUUUGGAAACAUUCCUAUGUUGAGCUGAAAUUCUCUAAUUUUUUCUCAUCACUUCCCCAGGAGCAGCCAGGAGACAGGCAGUGGUUUUAAUUUCAGGAACAGGUGAUCAGCUCUGUAAAACAGCAGGUAAAUUUCACUCAACCCCAUGUGGGAAUUGAUCUAGAUCUCAACUUCCAGAGACUGUUUGCCGUUCCUGAACCCUCCAGGCCAGAAGUGACUGGAGCAGGCAUGGCCCACCAGGCUUCUGGAGCAAGGCAAGCCCAGAGCCCCACUCCAGCCCUGGGACGUCUGAGAAUUCCCCCUAAGAUUGGGUCU